AGGUCAGGAACCAUAACACAACUAGAGGCCAGGAACGCAUUGCGCAAUCUCAGGCUAUAUGUUUGAGAGGGCACGACCAAGACCGACAAAGACAGAGAGCUGCAUGCGACGAGCAGCAUGAGGAGAAAUGUCGUCGCCACGUGGGGUAGUUAAUAGACCCCAAUCGAUCUAGAUUCCCCUCUGAUCGGGUCCUUGAGCGAGCGAGCUGAGGUUUUAUUUCUCCCCGCCUCCAUUCCAUGCUAGACAGCACAGGGCGGCGCUGAAUGGAACGUUGCUGAUAUGUCGCGGGGACAACGACCGACAGAUGUCGGUUUCGGGAUGCGCCGCCUUGUCGCUCGGUAUAACCACUUUCCCGAGGAAUCGCAAGAAGACCGCCACCUGACGAACACCAUGAUCAGAAGGCAAUUCCAGGCGUAGACUCCAAUGUGCAGGAUAUGCUGAGGCACCUGCUUGAUAACGUUUUCGGCCAGCUUAGAUACGACGUACCGUAUGGUGAGCCUAUGUCUUCCUUCAACUUGCAUCAUCCUGCCUUUGUGCAUCAAACAGCACCUUAUGGCUGCUUAGAGUUGCAAUGUGCACCGGCAGAAGGCGCUAGAGCUGUACAAGCUUUGCUGUAGCCUUUCUCGUAGAUCGCCACAUGUGCGAUAGGCAACCCUAUGUUCAGCCUGAAUUCAGUCGCAACUAGCAAAUGUUCGCGGUUCAAUGACCUGAAAUCAUGAUGAGCCAACUCCCCCAUUUCAUUAUUUUGGCUUGGCGUUGCUGCCCAUCUGAAGCUUCUCCACCCUCCUCGCUUCUUAUCUGGUUAGAAACGGCAUGGUAACGUAUAAUGCAGCUCGUGCAAGAUCCCGUGCAGAGAUACGCUUACCGUAUAUAAGAUGUUCAAGAAAUAUCGUCUGCUCUUCGGUCGUGUGGUUUUCUCUGCUCAGUCCUCUCUACUCCUCGAUUGAAUCGGCGUAGCCAUGUUCUCCUCUGCUGUCCGCUCUGCAUUGGUUGUCCUUGUGGCUUCUGCCAUCGCGGUCUCCGCUACUCCCGGUCUCUCACUCAAGGUCUCUGGCCCUACUGAUGUUGAGGGUGUCGACAAGUUCAAGGUCAUCGCUACUAUCAUCAACACUGGUGAUGAGACCUUGAAGAUCUUGAAUGAUCCUCUUUCGCCUCUCUCUAACUUGCCCACCGAGACCUUUGCAAUCUCGCGCGAGGAGACUGGUGCUACACCCAAGUUCUCUGGCGUGAAGGUGAAGUACGUUCCCGAGAUUGCCGCCAAGGUCGGCGAUGAAAAAGCUUUCACGAUCCUCGCUCCUGGCCAGUCCGUGUCUCUUGAGCACGAUCUCUCGUCUGCAUACAACUUCACUUCGUCGGGAGAGGGCAAGUACACCGUCGAGGCGAACAACCUCUUCCACAUUGUGGACCCGGCCACCAACGCUCCAGUAGCCCUUCGCGCUGACGCCGAAGUUCACUCUGCUGCUAUCACGGGCACCCUCGCUAUCGCCCGUCGCAGCAACACCCGUCUGACCAAACGAGCAACUUUCACCGGUUGCUCAUCGUCUCAACAAUCCACUCUCAACACGGCAGCUUCUUCUGCCCAAAGCUACGCUGCCAGCUCACUCUCAUAUCUCCAACAACACACUUCCUCAACUACUCGUUACACAACUUGGUUCGGUACCUACACUGCAGCUCGUCACAGUACCGUGCUCUCGCACUACACGAACUUGAACGGGAACACCUACUCAUCGUAUCACUACGAUUGCACUUGCACUGAUUCCGGUGUUUACGCUUAUGUCUACCCCGACGAUUUCGGUCACGUCUACCUCUGCGGUGUUUUCUGGCAAGCUCCCAACACUGGCACCGAUUCUAGGGCUGGAACUCUCAUUCACGAGAGCUCUCACUUUACUAGCAACGGUGGUACUGAUGAUAUCGUCUACGGCCAAACGGCUGCGAAGAACUUGGCCCAGAGUAAUCCUAGCCAGGCUAUUAUAAACGCUGACAGCCACGAGUACUUCUCCGAGAACAACCCUGCGUUGGCAUAAGGAAUGUGCCAAUACUUGCGAAGGAAUUAUCAAUGUAUCGGUAUCAUGUAUGCUAUAGCUUUGACGUGAUACAAAAUAUUGUGUUUUCUUGUCGAUUUCAAUGCAUGGCUUGAUUGCAAAGAA